AUGCCUCCCAAAGCUACCUCUCGUGGAAGCACCCGCGGAGGUACUGCGAAUCGCGGUGCCCGAUCUGACACAACCACCCCAACUCCCGCUGGCGGGGGCACUGCGCCAAAUGCUCCCACGACAACCGGCGCGCCCGGUCCUGCGAGUCGAGCAUCAGUGCAACGACUUCAAUCACUGAACAAACGCACACCUUCCGGUAGCAUUGCGCCCAGCACCCGGCCGCCGUCGGCACUUGGUGGCGAGCCGCCCAAGCCAGUCAUGAAAUACAAACCGAAGGCCGUUGGGCGUCGCAGCAAGCAGGAACGAGAGGAGAUAGAGCGGCUGGAGCAAGAACGAUACAAUGAGCGUCUGAAGGAGGCUGCCGCUAUUCAGCGUGGCCGUGGUGGUACUGCUCGCCGUGGUGGCUUCCGCGGUCGCGGUGGACCCAUGGCUAUGGGUAUGAGUGGAUUUGGUGGACGAGGCGGCAAGCGAGGCCGUGGCGGCUAUGGUGGUGGUGGUGGAGGCGGUGGAUAUGGAGGAGGCGCAGGCGGCGCAGGUUCCGGAUACAAUCGGUCUGGUCUUACUGGAGGCAACAACCGCGGGCGUGCAUAUGACUCUUCAGACGACGAAGAGAAUGCACUCCGUGUCAGCAUCGACCAUAUCAACCUCGACAGUGACGAUGAGGAUUGGGAUACACCGAAGGAUUUCAAGGGAAAACAACCCAGCAGGUCGAGCGGCGGACUUCGUCCCGUUCGUGUUGAGCGACAUGAACACGAGGAAAGAGUUAUUAGCGUCAACAUGGAAUCCAGCACGAGCAGAACCGACGAUCUCCGCAAAAAAGCAGAGAAGGAGAAAGUCGCGAAGGAUGUCGGCCGCACACCUACUAAGGUCAAACCCGAACCCCAAGAUGAUGAUACAACUAUGCAGGAUGCUAUUCCAUAUGCGGAUGACGACGACUUCCUUCCAGAGCAUAAUGUCCGUGUGCGCUCGGCUCAGAGCAUGAGUCCAACAAAGAGGAGCACAACAGAGCUACGAUCGACUCAACAGACGCCUGAGCCCGAACUUCCCGACCCACGCAGCCUACUUAACACUAAAGAGGAAAUCGACGAAUAUGACCGACACAUGGAAGAUUUGGCUAUCAUCAGGGAUCUUCUCGUCCCCAAGGAGUCAAAGAAGACCACCACAGAAGCAGAAACAACCGAAGGAGCUGCUGAAGGUACAACACCCGCAGUGGAAGGACAGGAUGGCGACGAAUCAAAUGAAAAGAAAGAAGAGGAAGAGGAAGAAGACAAUCCCCUGCAUGGCCAAAUGUUCCUCAUGCAAUUCCCACCAAUGACCCCCUACCUCAAAGUCGCCGGUUCCGCCGAACAGCAACCUGCAGUCACUGCCGCAGCCCCCCAUAACGAGAUCAAGCGCGAAGCAGGCGAGGACGUGGAGAUUGUGGAAAAUACCAAACCAACCGAACAACAAGAAACCAGCGUCUUCACGGCUGGCCAACCUUGGUCUCUACCCACCGGCCGUGUCGGCAAAUUGAAUGUACACCAAUCAGGACGUGUGACGCUAGAUUGGGGUGGAAUUAGUAUGGAGUUAGAUCGUGGAGCGCCGGUUGGUUUCGUCCAGGAAGCCGUCAUCAUGUCAAAGCCGUCACCAGAUUCAGAGGAAGAAAGCAAAAAAAAUGUUUGGUCCAUGGGCCAAUUGUCUGGCAAGUUCACAGUCACGCCGAACUGGGAUGCGAUGCUUUAA